UGCACUUUCCCUUCUUCCUUCUCCCAUCUCCACUUCCUUCCCCCAUCGACAUCCCCUAACACUGUCUUCUUCCUGACAAUGGCCAAGCCUUUGGUUCUCGUUCUGUUAAUGCUCGCCGUCGUAUGUUCUGCAGCGGCGGAGAUGUCGAUCAUAUCAUACGACGAGCAGCAUCCGGUGAAAGGUUUGAUCCGAUCUGAGGAGGAGAUCAAGGAGCUGUUCGAAUCGUGGCUAGUGAAACACGGCAAGGCGUACAACGCUGUCGGAGAAAAAGAAAAGAGGUUAGAGAUCUUCAAGGAUAACCUCAAGUACAUCGACGACCAGAACAGUCUUGAGAGCCGGAGCUACAAGCUAGGGUUGAACUGGUUCGCUGAUAUGACAAACGAGGAGUAUCGCACCGGGUACCUCGGUACCAAAAGGGAUGCUCGCCGGAAGACGCUGAAGAGCAAGAGCAACCGGUAUGCUCCGGUGGAAGGCGAAUCGUUGCCGGACUCUGUUGACUGGAGGGAGAAAGGUGCUGUCUCAGAGAUCAAGAAUCAAGGAAGCUGCGGGAGCUGCUGGGCCUUCUCAACGAUUGCAGCUGUUGAGGGAGUGAAUAAGAUUGUUUCUGGCAGUCUGGUCUCCCUGUCUGAGCAAGAACUGGUUGACUGUGACACGAGCUAUAAUGAAGGCUGUAAUGGUGGACUGAUGGACUAUGCUUUUGAGUUCAUCAUCAAGAACGGUGGCAUUGACACUGAGAAGGACUACCCUUAUACCGCUAAGGAUGGCAGAUGUGACUCCUACAGGAAAAACAAUGCCAAGGUUGUUACUAUUGAUGGGUAUGAGGAUGUUCCUGUAAACAAUGAGGCGGCCUUGAAGAAGGCACUGGCAAAUCAGCCCAUUGCUGUUGCUAUUGAAGCUGGUGGGAUGGACUUCCAACUCUAUGAAUCGGGUAUAUUCACAGGAUCAUGUGGAACUGAUUUGGAUCAUGGUGUGGCUGUUGUUGGGUACGGUACAGAAAAUGGUGUCGAUUAUUGGAUAGUUAAGAAUUCAUGGGGAGAUGCUUGGGGAGAGAAAGGGUAUGUGAGGAUGCAGCGAAAUGUGAAGGCAGAAGCUGGAUUGUGUGGUAUAGCUGUGGAGCCUUCUUAUCCGACAAAGACUGGGCAAAACCCUCCACCAAGCCCUCCAACACCACCCGCUCCCACCCCAGUCCCUCCAUCCCCAGCAGCUCCCAGUGUUUGUGACCGAUACAAUGCAUGCCCGUCUAGCACCACCUGCUGCUGUGUCUUCCCGUUUGGGAACUACUGCUUCUCAUGGGGAUGCUGCCCUUUAAAUAGUGCUGUGUGCUGUGAGGAUCACAACAGUUGCUGCCCUCAUGACUAUCCCGUCUGCCAUGUUAGGUCUGGCUCCUGCACAGCGGGUAAAAACAACCCACUAGGGGUGAAGGCAAUGACACGCAUUUCCGCUCAACCUCUGCGGGCAUUCAGGGACGGGGGAAGGAAGAGCAUCAGUGCUUAGUAUUGUUUUGAGCCAGUCUGAGCUUUUGGGAUGACAAGAAGGGGAAGGGAACCAUUGCAAGUAGAAAGGGGUUUACACUGGACUGUGCCUUUCAACCCCAUCCUAAAGAGCUUCAGAAUUUGAUGAUGGACUCAUUAUUAAUGGCAUUGUAUUGUGACAACUGAUUUGUAUAUAGUGUUUUCGUUUUCCAUUUCAGUCAUAAGUUGGCUAAACUGCUACUUUAUUGCUUUUUAUGCAUGUCGUUUGCUAUUCAACAUGAUGGCUGUACUUUGUUAAUAACAACACUGCUUUCGCCUUCCACCGUUUUCUGUUGUGCACUUAUUUUUUCCUCGUCACAUAUUCCGUAUUUCCAUCUCCGUUUUUUUGCUAACUGAAAUUGAAAUUGUAUGGAUAAUGCUUUCUUUUGCACUGGAACUGGAAGUAGGCGGCUGACGGCUGUUAAUAGUAGACCUCAUCCCCGCUGCAAGAAUGGGGUAGGGAUGGACUACACCGGGCCAGCCCGGAACCGGGCCGGCCCGCUACUGUGCGGGCCUGGACCGGGACCGGUUGACCGGUUCCGGGUUUUUAGCCCUUUUGGGCGGGUCGGGCUCGGUCCCAGUUUUGGGCGAACCGGCCCGGGUCAUUUUUUUUUGUUUUUUCAUUUUUUUUUCUUUUCCUAGGGUAGGGCUGGGUGUUUUGGGGGGGGGGGGGGGGGUUGGGGGUGGGGGUGAGGGGGGGGUCGGGGGAUAUCAAGAAAGCAAAAAAAUAAUUAGACAUUGAACCGGGCCCGGCCCGGACCCGGUAUCAACCCGGACCCGGUAUUAACAUUUUAAUAAAAUGAUGGAGCAAAAUGUAUACUAUAACUCCAAUAGGUUUAACUAUCAAUAAUAUAAAUUGUAUGAGCAUUAGUUACGUACGUACUAUCUCCAUAUCCUGUAAAGAUUUCAUCCAUCAUGCCAACUUAAAUUGUUCUUAAUCGUUUACUUUAUA